GCCUUUUUUCUCCUAUAGAAAGAGGUGCUGCUGCAGCAAGGCUCUAAAGGGACGUUCCGGUCGGAUUACAGCCAUUCAAUUCCGGGAACUGAUUGGAAAGUUUCGUUUCGACAUCGUUAAGCUGACGGAAUUCGUUGAAAAUUGGUGGAUUUGAUCCGUGUCGCGCUGGAAAAAGAAAUCCACGGGGAUAUUACGAAGAACAAAAACGAGAAUACUGCGUGGGAUUGGAUCCGAAGUGGAGGAAUAAAUCAGUUUGAGAGUUAAUGUGAAUAAGAAUACUGAAAAAUGGCCAAUUUGAUGGUUUAUAAAGUGGUGAAGUGUCGGCUAAAAGUAAUUUCCAAUCUCCAAGUAGAUUGUGAAGCCCCGAGAAGUGGAUAAAAUCGAUCAAAGUUCCUGGAUAUCAUCGGAGUGAAAAGUGGAUUUUCCGAAUUUUGGCAUCGGAUUACGUGACAAAUCGACUGAUCCGCAGGUGAAAACUCCAGUGCAAAGGGUGGUUUGAUUGGUGAUUCAAUUCCAAGGAAGAACGGAACGCGACAACCCAAAGCGGCUGAGGUAAAGAUUCUUCUCCCAGAGGAAAAUACAACCCCCCAAAGUGACGUGUGUUAAACCAUUGAGUGUGAGUGCCGUAAUCAACCCCCCCUCGGGAAAGUGAGAACCAAAUUAAUGAAAACCUUUUGUGAGUGUCUGCCGUGUAACAGUCAGUGGUCGAGUGUCGAACGCGUGUAAAACUUUCUCCUACGAAGCGAAACCAGUGAGUGGCCAGAACGUGCAAACUCCAUCGCUUGUGGGAAAGCUCUCUCCGCUUCGACAGUGUUCGCUCGUGUGCGCGUGUGUGUUUGUAGUGAGUCCAAGAUGGCGUCGGCGCCUAAAACUAUUCCAGCGAAUCAGCGGAAGCUCUCUCCCGCAUCAACAGCCGACAACGAACGACGCCAUCGUUCUCGAUUCUGCCCCGGCAGCGUCCCUUCCGCCACCAUCAGCCGCGAAUGCAUCCGGCCAAACAAGAAUAUCAACACUAACAACAAUAAUCAUAACCGCAACAACAAUAAUAAUAAUCGUAGCAUUAAUCGCCGCCGUUGUCGCUUGUCGGGUCUUAUGAGUGUGUCGUCGAUGCCGUCUGGAGUGCCGCUUGCGUGGCUCCUGGUGCUGGGCUUCGUUCUGGGGCCCCUGUCGGGAGGGGCCUGGGGCUUUGUGCUGGACGGUUCGCAAAACAGUUUUGCCCAGUUCCGGAAGUGGUACACCGGGCUGAAUGGGACGCUGGAGCUGGAAUUUAAAACUGAACAACCGAACGGGCUCGUGCUGUACACCGACGACGGGGGGACGUACGAUUUUUUCGAGCUAAAACUGGUGGAGGGGGCGCUGCGGUUGCGGUACAACUUGGGUGGAGGGGCGCAGAUUAUUACCGUCGGACGCGAUCUACACGACGGGCACUGGCAUAAGGUGCAGGUCCUCCGCAACGAUGAGCACACCACUCUGACGGUAGAUGGCGUAUCGCAGAGCCGCACCUCCCGAGGGAAAGAAUUUCUCUUCGGGAAGUUUGCCACCAACUCGGACGUAUUCGUCGGUGGCAUGCCCAACUGGUACAACUCCAAGCUGGCCCUGCUAGCACUGCCGAGUGUUAUCUUUGAGCCGCGCUUCCGCGGCUCGGUGCGCAAUCUGGUCUACUCCGACCAGCCGGGGGUGUCCCCCAGGAGGCAGGAAAUGCGUCAACCACGGGACAUCAAG